AUGGUGAUCGCGCUCACUCUACACUGCAGCGCCAAAGAUCUCAUCUCCGGCAACCCACAACACGGGAUAAACAUCACCAUAAUCCAUGAUUCUAUCGACCUUGGAUCUCGCAUGACAAGUGAGGCUUUUCGUAUGUACCGGGAUGAUUGGUUCUCGUGCGCUGCUUCAAAGGUCCCCAGCAAGGAUCAGCCUUGGGUGACGGAUAAUAAAGAUAUGAGAUGUCAUCAAUACAAGGAACCCGCACCAGAGAAGCAAGCCGAAUGGGUGAAAAGUUAUCACGACACGUGUGAGGUUAUCUACAAAACUCUACCUUCCAACAUGCAGAAGCAUCCUGAACUGCGGACGAUGAUUGGACCCGAAUCGGAGAUGAUGUAUGAUUUAUACGUGGUACUACGAUCAAUCAACUUUUUCAUAAAAAGUCUCAGGGGGUGGCGUUAUUGA